AACGACCAAUUUGAAGGUUACUGUGUUGACGUCGUCCGAGAGUUGUCCAAGAUCCUGGGUUUUAACUACGUCAUUCAUUUAGUUCGUGACGGUUCCCAUGGAACUAAGAACGAACGCGGAGAAUGGAAUGGUAUGAUAAGAGAACUGAUUGACAGGGAAGCUGACCUAGCUCUUGCUGAUCUCACCAUCACAUAUGAGCGGGAAGAAGCUGUGGACUUCACGAUGCCUUUCAUGAACCUCGGAAUCAGCAUUCUGUUCAGAAAACCUACAGAGAAUGUACCAAAGUUAUUUUCUUUUCUGUCACCACUUUCUCUGGAAGUGUGGAUCUACAUGGCUAUAGCCUACUUGGGUGUCAGUUUGUUGCUCUUCAUACUAGCUCGACUCACACCACUUGAGUGGGAGGCUCCUCAUCCCUGCGAUCCAGACUCGGACGUCUUAGAGAACCAGUUUACCAUACUCAACAGUUUCUGGUUCACAAUAGGUUCAUUAAUGCAACAAGGAACUGAAGUAGCUCCAAAAGCAAUGUCAACACGAGUAGUUGCAACAAUGUGGUGGUUCUUUACGUUGAUAAUGAUUUCAUCGUACACAGCCAAUCUGGCUGCUUUUCUGACUGCGGAAAGGAUGAAUUCGCCAAUAGAAAGUGCUGAAGAUCUAGCUAAACAAGUAUCGAUACAAUACGGCUGUCUAAGUUCGGGGUCAACGAAAAACUUUUUUAAGGAGUCAAGUAUUCCUACUUAUAAGAAGAUGUGGGCUGUUAUGCAAGCUCAACCAUCAGUGUUUACCGAAUCGAACCAGGCAGGAGUAGAGAGAGUUCGUGAAGGGAAUUAUGCCUAUCUAAUGGAAUCAACGUCUAUAGAAUACAUGACAGAGAGGGACUGCGAGCUGGAGCAAAUAGGCGGAUUAUUAGAUUCCAAAGGCUACGGAAUAGCAACCCCAGAAGGAUCACCUUAUCGAACUCCAAUCUCCAACGCCAUCUUGCGUCUGCAAGAAAAUGGAGUUCUUCAUCUUCUGAAGGAGAAGUGGUGGUCUAAGAGAAGCGGCGGAAAGUGCAAGCAAGAAGAAAAGAAAACCAGCGGCUCCACAAACGAGUUAGGCCUAGCUAAUAUUGGAGGAGUAUUUGUCGUCUUACUGGCCGGCCUUGGUUUUGCUUGUAUAAUAGCUCUUGUAGAGUUUAUUUGGAAGACUAAAACUUUGUCCAGGACAGAUAGAGCCUCAAUAUUUUAUGAGUUCAUCCAUGAGGUUCAAAAUGUUUUGUGCUGCAGUCAGUCUUGUCAACAACCUUCAAAACCUGUGGAGUGAUUAAAGAUAUGCCUCCUUUUUCAACAGAGACUACUCGUUGAAUGAUUAAAGACACCUUUUCUCGUCAACAAAAACUGGUUGAUUAACUCUGAGUGUUGCUAUGGUUUUCUUAGAGAGCUAAAGUUAUCGCAUUUGGAUUUGUGAAAAUGGAUUUUUAUUGUCAUAUUUGUUUAAAUGUCAAGUGAUUAUUCUAAGUUUUAAUACAGCCACAACCAGCCUGUAAUUACAUGGGUUAAAUCUUUAGACGUAUUGAAUACUUCUACUAUUGUUUCAGAUAUACAUUUUUCAAACAUUCUUGCUCAUAAAUUAAAUAGCAACUAAAAACUGCGAUUUAGUCCUACUGAUGACUUCUGUGUCCAUUGAUAAAAACCAACAAUUCAGAUGUUCUAGGUAAGUGAAGGAACCAGCUUGUAUAAAUCUCGGCUCAUCUAUCUCAAAUAAACCUACAUAAAGAUAAGCUGAUACGUAGAGCUCGCAUGGUGGUUAGUGUAAAUGUUCUUAAGAUAUGAAGAAAAGUUACGAUUGGAUUAUAUAUUAUGCAAGCAGCAUGGAAAUAUAAAUGUAUUCAAGGUUUUAUGACUGUACAUCAAGUGAUACUGACAAAAUUAUUUGAAGUUUAAAUAAAACUUGAAAGUGAACCAGAUAACUGUAAUAGCGAAUGUCAGAAGAGUAGAAGUUGUUAAUGACAAUAUGGAGAAUUCACUAUUAAUAGAAGCAAAUAGAUAACAAAGAGCGAGUGUGGCUUUAUAUGCUGUUACCAGAACGCUAUUUGUUGGAGUUCUUCAUGAAUGACUUUUUCUGUCGUGUAACAUCCAUUACGUAUUCCAAGGCUACUUUUAAAAAAUUUAUUUAUAAUAUAUUUAAAAAAUAGGCACUUAAGAUCUCAGGGCUCUUACUUUACAUUUACAAACUGCAAAUAGUUAUGUUCGAUUCAUUCCAUUUAUUACUCAAAUAAUACACGCUAGUGAAACGUCUCUAUUCUGUGAUAGACUUAAUAUAUGGAUCAAUAAAACCCUGACAUAUGAUAAGACAGCAUCAAACCUUUCUCUUCCUGCACGUCUUGUUAUCCCUUAAACACGAGUAUAUAUGUCUUACUGUUACGAUGGUGUUUUCGAUUGAUAAUAAGAAAGGCGUUUUAAAUGUAGAAAAGUAUCUCUGAAUUAUAUGCCACACGUGUAUAAUUUACCUGAUAAAUUUACCACUUGCAUAAUGAAAAUAGGAUCCUGACAAAAAAUAAUCUUCCAAGAAUAAAAAACAAGAAUAUUUUACUCGCACCUUUCAUAUAAGGUCAUUCAACCGAGUUUAGUACCCUCGUGUAGUUAAGAUGGCUAUAAAUAAUUAAAAUAAACAAACAACGCAUCGCUUACCUAAUGCAGGUGUUUCAGAGAUAAACAUAGCUAUCGGUAAGAAGGGGUUGGAUACAUAACCAGGUAUUCUGUAUGGUAGUAGUUAAGGUUAAGAUACAUAACCAGCCAGGUAUUCUGUAUGGUAGAAGUUAAGGUUAAGAUACAUACCCAUCCAGGUAUUCUGUAUGUUAGUAAUUAGGGUUUAGAUACAUAAUCAGGUAUUCUGUAUGUCACUAAGUUGGAUUAAGAUGCAUUAACAGGUAUUCGGUAAAUCACUAAGUAGGGUUAAGACACAUAACUUGGUAUUCUGUAUGGUAGUAAUUAGGGUUAAGACACAUAAUUAGGUAUUCUGUAGGGUAGUAAUUAGGGUUAAGACACAUAACCAGCCAUGUAUUCUAUACGUCGGUAAGUAGGAUUAAGAUACGUAGCCAGAUUAUGUAUCUUAACCCUAAUUACUACCAUACAGAAUAAAUGGCUGGUUAUGUAUCUGUAUGUAUGGAUAAGACACGUAAUCAGGUAUUCUGUACGUCGGUAAGUAAGGUUAAGAUACAUAACAAGUUAUUUUGCAUAUAUGUAAGUAGGAUUAAGAUACAUAACCAGGUAUUCUGUAUGUCAGUAAGUGGGGUUAAGAUACAUAACCAGGUAUUCUGCAUGUAUGUAAGUAGGUUUAAUAUACAUAACCAGGUAUUCUGCAUGUAUGUAAGUAGGGUUAAGAUACCUAACCAGGUAUUCUGUACGUCGGUAAGUAAGGUUAAGAUACCUAACUAGGUAUUCUGCAUGUAUGUAAGUAGGGUUAAGAUACAUAAUCAGGUAUUCUGCAUGUAUGUAAGUAGGGUUAAGAUACAUAAUCAGGUAUUCUGCAUGUAUGUAAGUAGUUUAAGAUACCUAACCAGGUAUUCUGCAUGUAUGUAAGUAGGGUUAAGUUACCUAACCAGGUAAUCUGCAUGUAUGUAAGUAGGGUUAAGAUACAUAAUCAAGUAUUCUGUAUGUCAGUCAGUAGGGUUAAGACACAUAACCAUGCAUUCUGCAUGUAUGUAAGUAGGGUUAAGACACAUAACCAGGUAUUCUGUACGUCGGUAAGUAAGGUUAAAAUACAUAACCAGGUAUUCUGCAUGUAUGUAAGUAGGGUUAAGACACAUAACCAGAUAUUCUGUAUGUAUGUAAGUAGGGUUAAGACACAUAACCAGGUAUUCUGCAUGUAUGUAAGUAGGGUUAAGACACAUAACCAGGUAUUCUGUAUGUCAGUAAGUAGGGUUAAGAUACAUAACCAGGUAUUCUGUACGUCGGUAAGUAAGGUUAAAAUACAUAACCAGGUAUUCUGCAUGUAUGUAAGUAGGGUUAAGACAUAUAACCAGGUAUUCUGUACGUCGGUAAGUAAGGUUAAAAUACAUAACCAGGUAUUCUGCAUGUAUGUAAGUAGAGUUAAGACACAUAACCAGGUAUUCUGUAUGUAUGUAAGUAGGGUUAAGACACAUAACCAGGUAUUCUGCAUGUAUGUAAGUAGGGUUAAGAUACCUAACCAGGUAUUCUGUACAUCGAUAAGUGGGGUUAAGAUACCUAACCAGGUAUUCUGUACGUCGGUAAGUAGGGUUAAGAUACAUAAUCAGGUAUUCUGUAUGACAGUAAGUAGGAUUAAGAUACAUAACCAGGUAUUCUGCAUGUAUGUAAGUAGGGUUAAGAUACCUAACCCGGUAUUCUGUAUGUAUGUAAGUAAGGUUAAGAUACAUAAUCAGGUAUUCUGCAUGUAUGUAAGUAGGGUUAAGACACAUAACUUACAAAUAUUCAAAGAGCGCUUAUUGAACUACAUUUAUCUAACUUUUGUGUUUUUGUUUAUCUGAAUUAUUAUUGUUCUUAAUUAUUUGUAUUUAUACAGAUCGUACUGUUUGUUAUAAUCGUGAGUAUCAAGAACUUUACGUUAUUUUCUCCAAGAACAAAUAAUUCUAUAUGAAACAAACAACCAGUUAGAUUAAAAAUCACGGCCUGUGUUCGAUAAAGAAAUAUAUUAACAAUGUAACUAUCGUACGUUGUUUUUUUAUUUUCUUUUAAUUUAGUUAGUGCUAAACUUCACCGUACUUAAUAGUAUCAAUAAAUAAACUUAUAAUGUUAUUCUACGACCUAACGUUAGACAUUUUCAAAAUUUUGAUAAGCUUUAGAUAUGUUGUUGUACAAAAUCUUUACUGAAAUAUAUUUACAUCCGUUGAUAUUAAGUGUGCGCACAUGCGCAUUUAAAUUAUUAGGUUUGUGCGAAUUUUGAGGACAGACAAGAACUGAGUAUUAUUAUAAUAGAUGAGACCGUAAUGAUGAUGAAAACAUAAUUUUAAUCAAAUAUGAGUUAGGGAUGUAAAAAUAUUUUAUGGCGAAGUUAUUCCUCCAAUACAACUGUCAUAUGUUAUUGAACGUCUUUAAUUAUGACCACGGUCAUUUUUUGUAGUGAAGCAUUAAACGUUUUGAAAAAAAAACAAAAAAAAAACAUGUUGCUUUCGAAUUAAAUAUUUUCGUAAAA